ACCAGAUCAAAACCUACGCCUAUCCACCAUGUUGUCCGCCAGAACCUCUGCUCUUCACUCCGUCAGAAGAGCCACUUUUGCUCGUAGAUUCAUCUCCACCAGAAUUGAAACCGAUGCCUUUGGUGAAAUUGAAGUUGAUUCUUCCAAAUAUUAUGGAGCUCAAACCGCCAGAUCGAAGCAUAACUUCAAGAUCGGUGGUCCUGCUGCCCGUAUGCCUCUCCCAGUGGUCAGAGCAUUCGGUGUGUUGAAGAAAUCUGCCGCCAUUGUCAACGAGUCUAUUGGUGCCUUGGACCCAAAGAUCUCCGAGGCCAUUCAACAGGCUGCCACCGAAGUUGCCGAAGGUAAGUUGGACGAUCAUUUCCCCUUGGUUGUGUUCCAAACUGGGUCCGGUACUCAAUCCAACAUGAAUGCCAACGAAGUUAUUUCCAACCGUGCUAUUGAAAUUUUGGGUGGUGUUUUGGGUUCCAAGAAGCCAGUGCAUCCUAAUGACCAUUGUAACAUGUCUCAAUCUUCCAAUGACACCUUCCCUACAGUCAUGCACAUUGCUGCGGUCACCGAGAUCACCCACCACUUGUUGCCAGAAUUGACCAAGUUGAGAGAUUCUCUCCAACAAAAGUCUGAUGAGUUCAAGGAUAUCAUCAAGAUUGGUAGAACUCAUUUGCAAGAUGCUACUCCUUUGACCUUGGGUCAAGAGUUCAGUGGAUAUGUACAACAAUUAACCAACGGGAUUGAAAGAGUUGAAAAGACCUUGCCAAACUUGAAGUUCUUGGCUCAAGGUGGUACUGCAGUUGGAACUGGAUUGAACACCAAGAUUGGUUGGGAUGUCAAGAUUGCUGAAGAAGUUUCACGUUUGACCGGCUUGGACUUCAAGACCGCCCCUAACAAGUUUGAAGCCUUGGCUGCCCAUGACGCCAUUGUCGAAGCCUCUGGUGCCAUCAACACCGUUGCUGUGUCCUUGUUCAAGAUCGCCAAUGACAUCAGAUACUUGGGUUCUGGUCCACGUUGUGGUUACGGAGAACUCUCUCUCCCAGAAAACGAACCAGGUUCGUCCAUCAUGCCUGGUAAGGUCAACCCUACCCAAAACGAGGCCUUGACCAUGGUUGCCACCCAAGUGUUUGGUAACCACCUGGCCAUCACCUUUGCCGGAGCCCUGGGACAAUUCGAAUUGAACGUGUUCAAGCCGGUCAUGAUUUCCAACUUGUUGUCUUCCAUCCGUCUUGUCGCCGACGGGUCCGCCUCCUUCCGUGAACACUGUGUUGACGGGAUUGUUGCCAACCGUGAAAAGAUCGAAAAGACCUUGCACGAAUCCUUGAUGUUGGUCACCGCCUUGAACCCAAAGAUUGGGUACGAUGCCGCCUCCAAGACCGCCAAAAACGCCCACAAGAAGGGCUUGACCUUGAAGGAAAGUGCUUUGGAGUUGGGUGUCUUGAACGAACAAGAGUUUGACGAAUGGGUCAGACCAGAAAAGAUGAUUGGUCCAAAGGCUUAAGUGUGCCCCCCCCCCCCCCCCCCCCCCUAUUGGCUGCAAGUAGACAGAAAAUAAAAUUGUCACCUUUUUGGCUGCCAAAAUUUUUGUAAACAACCCCUUCAGGUGGCAAAUUUGGCAACACAUAUAUUCCCACGAUCACACGGGGUGA